UCCUCAGGGCACCUUCUUAACCAGGGGAAACCAUUUUAAGACUGACUGUACCCGCUGCCAAGCCUGUGAUGAAGGGGGUGAGGGGCCUGCCCAGGGCUCAGGGGGCUCUUGCGGACAGGCCAUUCAGAAAGCUGGCUUGGGCCCAACCUGUGGGUGUGAGGUCCCUGUGUUCAAUCCACUCCGUGGCCACCAUGUAUUCUGCUUCCAAAUGUUCUUCUCCUUUCCCCUGUGGCCUUCCUGUUUCACAUGCCGUGGCCUCUGGUCCACUAUGAGCUGCCUACUUCUCUACCUGUGGGGCUAGCUAGUACCUCCUUCUCUCUGUGGAGGUCAGUAGCCUGAACGCACCCUCGUUCCCAUAUUCCUGCACUCCUGACAGCUUUCCAAGUGACCCUGGAGAACUGUUCAGCCGUGUCGGAUACCCGCUGUGGCUGCCAGUCAGGCCAGCGUGUCUGCUCCACCGAGCCAUGCGGGGAAAGUUCGCCUUUGUCUUGCCUCCCAUGUUCAGAUUGCACUGCUCCCCCAACCCUCGGGAUUUUUGCAGAAUCUGUCCCGAUGCCUACACAACAGCCUGUGCCUGGAAGUGGAUAGUUUGGGUCCAGGUGCUUCUAGGGACCUCAUUCCUGCUUGGGGCCACCCUGAUCUGUUCAUAUUGCCGACGCCAGCCUUGCAAGCCUGUGGUUCCUGUAGACACAACUGAGAUGGAGACCCUGACCUCACCACAGACUACCCAUCCCUCAGCCUCAGACAGUGCCCACACCCUCCUGGCACCCCAAGGCAGUACUGGAAAGGUCUGCACCACUGUCCAGUUGGUAGGCAACAGCUGGACCCCUGGUUUAUCCCAGACUCAGGAGAUGGCCUGCAACCAGGUUCCACAGCCCUGGAAUCAGUCGCCAAACAGAUCUCUUGCGCCCCCCGCAGGCUCGCCAGCUGCUAUGCUCCAGCCUGGCCCGCAGCUCUAUGAUGUGAUGGAUGCUGUCCCAGCACGACGGUGGAAGGAGUUCGUGCGCACACUGGGGCUGCGGGAGGCAGAAAUUGAGGCUGUGGAGGUGGAGAUCUGCCGCUUCCGAGACCAACAGUAUGAGAUGCUCAAGCGCUGGCGCCAGCAGCAACCUGCAGGUCUGGGUGCCAUCUAUGCGGCCCUGGAGCGCAUGGGGUUGGAAGGCUGUGCCGAGGACCUGCGCAGCCGUCUGCAGCAAGGCCCGUGAUGUGAGACCCACCAGUCACGUUGUCAUUCUAGUGACCCUCGCAGGAGCCUUAAGUAUCGUUACUUAUGCGUGUAGACAUUUUAUGUCAUUUACUAACCCCCCUAAUACGGUCCUGCGUAGCAGCACCGGCUGGCCUCGCCCCUGCUUACCUGCCCUAUGGAGCUCCAGCUAAGGGAAGCGAAGCGACAUGGAGAAAUAUCAAGAGGGGCCAAAUGAUC